UGUUCGUUAUCAUCAAAAAGCAAUGGCGGAUGAAGAGAAGCAAAGCAAUUUUACCACUGCCAUUCAGUUUUGGAAGGAUGUGAACUUAACCGAUCUUCAAAAGGAAUUGGACAAGCAGGGCCUGAAUAUCGUCGAAAACCAGAAAGAUGGACUGGUGUCUCGAAAGAAACUUGCCGAGCACACAAGAGAAUUUAAAAAAAUUCCUGACGAGGAGAAACUUCAGAAAUUCAAGCCUCUUCUAAAAGGUUAUCAGACAGAGAUUGAUAAUAUUACACGAAGGACCAAAUUUGCCGAAAAUGCAUUCUUAGCCCUAUACAAGCUACUAGCGGACGCGCCCGAUCCAGCCCCGCUUUUCGAGGCGGCUGUUGAUCAAAGUGCCAAACUGGUGGAUAGUCAAGCGACACAAAAAGAAAAUGAAACGCUGCGAUCUCAGUUGGAAGAAGCCGAAAAACGGCUGGCACAGUUGCAACAUGUUGAGGAGACGAACAAAGACUUGCAGCAGAAAAUAACUCAAAUGGAAGAAAAGAUGAAGGAUAAGAAAACGGAGGAUGUGCAACAGAAAGAACAGGAGAUGAAACAACAGUUCAAUGACAAAAUCACAUCGUAUAAGGAACGGGAGCAUCAUCUGCAGCGUCAAUUGAACCAAGCAUUAGAUCAACUUACACAACUGCGCCAUACCCACGAUGAUACGCAAGCACAGUUGAUCAACCAUAACCAAAAAUAUGAUGAGGAAGUGGUUGGUAAAUUGGCCGAAUUGGAUAUCGUCAUGAUGGAUCUUGAACGAGCAAAUGCCAAGAUUAUGGGACUGGAACGGAAGAAUGAUGACUUGAAGCGGGAAAUUACGAAUCUUCAAGCCUCAGAGGAGAAGGAUAACACCCAAGCGACUUCCUCGAAUACCGAAGCCCAAGAUGCCGAAAUCGCCAAACUGAUCAAAGAUGUGGAUAACUACAAACAGCUGUUACAAAAUACCGAGUCUCGGUUGUCGAAACGAGUGAAGGAUCUAUCCACCGAAGUUCAGAGUCUGAAAGAAGAGCGGGAUGGUCUAAAGAGAUCACUGAAGGAAUAUGAUGACUAUCAUGAAAUCAAGCGAGAAUUGGAUAUUAUGAAGUAUGUGGAAUUCUCUACCGGCAUGGAGGAUGACGACGAUCAUUUUGAUGCCAAAGGUGUCCUCGAAAAGGAUGAUAAAUUACGCGAGUGUCUCGAAGUUCAACUCAUGGAGAAAAACAAGCGUCUACAAAGCGAAUACACCCAGCUCAAAGUAGCCUUUUCCGAUUUGCAGAGCGAAUCGGAGGCGAAAGAUCAAGCCAUUACUUCGUUGCAGAGCAAGAGUAACGAACAAGAAACACUUAUACAGCGACUGGAAGAAGAUUUACUGCGAUUUGGUCAGAAGAAUAACGGUAAUUCUAUUGUCGAUGCCCUAUCACGUACCUCAUCUGCGCUGAAUUUGACCGCGGCUGGGCAUGAUCCCUUGAACGCCAAGUCACCCGAGACAGCAUCACCCCGUGCCAGCCACGAUGCCGGUUUGACCCCGGUCAAGGACGACAAGAGCAUUUUACCGAUCGUAAUGAAUCAGCGUGACAGAUUUAGACAACGUAAUGCAGAACUGGAGGAGCAGACACGGUCGCUUGAAAUGCGAUUGCAAGAUAUGCAGACGGAAGUAGAAACAGUGAAAGCCGAUAACCUUAAACUGUAUGAACGCCUCAAGUUUGUUCAUGUGUGGAAGGAGGAGCAGAGCAAAGGUCUUGUGAACCGAUCCACGGCUGUCACCAUCGACAACGGUGAGUCUGCCAGCUCACCGUAUCGUGAGUUUAAAAAGCCGAAAUCGCCAAAGAACGAUGAUCCAACCGCCAAGUACGAUAAGUUGUACGAAGAGAGCAUGAAUCCAUUUAUGCAAUUCCAUCGAAAGGUGAACAUUUGCAGCAGAGGAAAUUUUGCGAGUUGACCCAGGUUAAUGAGUAUUUUUAUCUGUAGGAAGAAACACGUCGGUACAAU